GACUUGUUUCUUCACUUGCAUGCACAGUGACAAUGGACGUCGAGAGUUUAACAAAUACAGGCAGUACUAGGAAGAUACCUUCUAUUUCUGUUCACCAGGCAGAAGUUGCUCUUAGGCUUGGUUUUUUGAGGAAGGUCUAUGGCAUAUUAACUGCCCAGUUAUGUCUGACUCUGAUUGUUGGCAUUGCUUGCAUGACAUCACAAACUGUCAAGGGUUUUGUUCAAGGAAGUCCCGUUCUUAUUAUUGGUUUAACUAUUGGUGCACUGGUUUCUCUUAUUGCUCUGAUUGUGAUGAGACACCAAACGCCUAUCAACUUCAUUUUACUUGGAAUAUUUACUCUGUCAGAAUCAAUAUCACUUGGAAGCAUCAUUACUUAUUAUGAUCAAGGAAUCGUCAUCAAAGCAUUCAUCAUUACUACAGCUGUCUUUGUAUCCCUCACCCUCUACUCAAUGCAGAGCAAAUAUGAUUACAGCACAUGGGGAGCAAGCCUAUUUACUUUACUGUGCAUUCUCAUAGUAGCAAGUUUCAUGCAGGUUUUCUUUUGGUCUGAGGCACUUGAUUUUGUCAUAUCUGUUGGUGGAGCCCUGAUAUUCUGUGGUUUUAUAUUGUUUGAUACAUACAGGAUAAUGCAUAGACACUCUACUGAGGAUUACAUCAUUGCAGCUGUGGAGCUUUAUCUUGAUUUCAUUAACCUCUUCAUUUAUAUACUUCGCAUAUUAGAUGCACUGAAGAAUAAGUAACAUUUAAUACAACUCUAAACUGAUGUCCUAUAUUUAAUCAUUUCUGUGUUAUAUAUAUAUUUAGCCAUCUAUUAAUUGAGUUUUGUUUGAGUUGAGUUAAGUUGAGA